AUGAAAACUAGGAAACGUUUGAAGAUGUUUUCUACAAAUUGUUUAUUAUGUAUUAUUUCAAUUAUUUUUUAUCAUCCUAUUUUAUGUCAGACAAGUACACAAGUCUGCAAUGGUCCAUUAGGUAUGACAACGGGCGAAAUUCGUGAUUGGCAAAUAACAUCUUCAUCUUCAUCAUGGGAUCCAGAUUGUCAUGAAAAAAAUUCUCGAUUAUAUCAACCGAAUGAUCGUGCUUGGUGUGCUAAACAAAAAUCAGAUUCUGAGUGGCUUCAAAUUGAUUUGGGAAUAUCAGCAAAGAUUUCUGGAGUGUUAAUUCAAGGAAGAGCGAAUAAAGAUGAAUAUGUUACAUCAUUUAUGAUAUCGUAUAGUACCGAUGCAUUCCGAUGGCAAUAUAUUGUUGACAGAUAUGGAAAUCAAAAGGUGUUUGCUGGUAAUACAGAUCCUUAUACUGUUCGCCAUAAUUAUUUUGAUGAACCAAUUGUUGCACGAUUUAUUAAAUUUCAUACAAUUCAAUGGUAUCAACAUCCUAGUUUGAGAGUGGAAAUAAUUGGAUGUCAAGAAUGUAAACAAUAUCUUGGCUUACCACCUUAUGGUAAAAUAAGUGCUUCAACAUCAUGGCCUUAUCGAAGACGUGCAUCUUGUCAACCAGAAGACGGUCAUCUUCUAAGCAACAAAGGAUGGUGUUCGAAAAAACGCUAUAAACAUGAUCAAUGGUUAGAAUUUGAUCUUGGACACCCAUCAACUGUUACAUCGUUGAUAACAAAAGGUCGUGGAGAUGCUACUGCACCAGAACAAUGGGUUACAAAAUAUAAAGUAUCAUUUAGUAAUGAUACACGCCUUUGGCUCUAUUAUAAAGACAAAAGUCAUGUAGAUCCAAAAGAAUUUGCUGCGAAUAACGAUCGAGAUAGUGAACGUAUUCAUUUUUUAAAUGAACCAUUUUUUGCUAGAUUUGUUCGUCUACAUCCUACAGAAUGGCAUAAUCAUGUAGCAAUGAGAGCAGCUGUACUCGGUUGUCCUCAUCAAGAUCAAUGUUUUCCAGGCUAUUUUCGUGUGAAUAGUGAAGCACAAUGUGUUGAAAACAUGGCUUAUAAGAAAUUGACCUGGACAAACGAUCGUAAUCGUCAAUUAUCAUCCGCUUCGUCGACCGAUUAUAAACAGCGUAGCGGACGAGCAACAAACGGAGAUCCAUCGUUGGCAGUCGACGGUUCAGAAGACUCAGAAUGGUCUAAAUGUGCUACAAUCGAUAAUUAUUAUGUUAGAAAACCAGUGUGGAUGGUAGAUCUGGGAAGAGUAACAUCAGUGUCGGGAGUAAUGGUUCGAACGUGGCAUGGUUCAAAUAAAGCUACAAAUACAACAAUUUAUCGUGACUAUUUAUACAAUUUAGACCGUUAUAGUGUCUAUGUCGAUUUACGUCCUCGUCGUUAUCGCUUUAAAAAUUCUGAUUUAUGUUCGUAUGUAACACGAGCUAAUCAAGCAUUAUUGACACCUCGUUUACAUUUUCAAUGUCAACGUCCAAUUCGUGGACGAUAUGUUUAUAUUGAAGCGGACGGUAGUACACAUAGAUGGAAUAAACUAUUUACAGCUGUACUAUGCGAAGUAUUCGUCUAUGAACAGUUAAUGACGCUAAAAUAUAUUGAUAUUAAUACAUGUGUCACCUCACUUUCAAUUUCAAACCAACAAAAUGUUACAAAAUAUAAAAAUGAUUUUCAACAAGUGUGGAAUACUUUCACCAACGAUUCUCAGUUAUCUCAUGCAACAUAUUCGUUAACAGUCUUAGAUGGUAUUAGUGGAAAUACUGUGUUUGAACAAAAUACAGAUGUUGGACUAGCAUCCGCCUCAACAUUAAAAACGAUAACUGGAGCAGCCGCACUGCAUUAUCUUGGAAAAGAUUUUGUCUAUGAAACAUUACUACAAUAUUCUGGAAUAUUAGAUGACUAUGGCAAUUUAGACGGAUAUAUUUACAUCAAGGGGAGUGGAGAUCCAACACUCGGCAGUUCGCGUUAUGCCGACACAAUACCUGAUAAAAUUCUUACUAAUUGGACAAAUGCUAUUCGUUAUGAAGGUAUUAAAACAUGUAGAGGUAUCGUCGGAGACACAACAAUUUGGAAUGAUUCACAGAAUAUGCUCGAUGGAUACACCUGGCAAGAUAUGGGAAAUUAUUACGGAACAGGAAAUAGUGCAUUGAAUUGGCGGGAAAAUCAGUUUACGUUGUAUUUACAACCGGGCACAUCUGUCGGUGAUAAAGUCACGCUUGUUCGUUUGGAUUCACCACCACCAAAUGUGAAUAUUAUCAAUGAAUUAAUAACAGGUGUAGCUGGAAGUGGUGAUAAUGCUUAUGUCUAUCUUCCACCUUAUACAACCACUGCGUAUUUACGCGGGACAGUUGGAAUUGAUGUCCCAAAAGAUUUUUCGAUCGCUGGCGCUAUUCCUGAUUCCCCAUUGUAUGUCGCCUCCGAACUGAGACAAGCUAUGCUAAAACAGGGUAUUAUCGCUCAACAUGUUUACACAACAGUGACAUUAACCGAUCAGACAGAACUACUUCGAGAUAAAGAUAGUCGUACAACAAUUGAUACACAUCGAUCACCAACGUUAGAUAAAAUAAUCUAUUGGUUUGAAAAGAAUAGUGUUAAUCUUUAUGGUGAAUUAUUAGUGAAAAAAAUUGCGGAAAAAACUGGAUUGAGCUCAAUAUUGGAUGCACCAGACACAAUAUUACCAACGUAUUGUUCUACAUAUGGUAACAUUGAAACAACAGCUGUUCGAACAAUAGAUGGUUCGGGAUUAUCUCCAGCUAAUCGUAUAACGACAUAUGCUAUGUCUCGAAUGCUCUAUUUAAUACAGAAAGAAACAUGGUAUCAAACAUUUUUCAAUUCAUUACCUUUAAUAAAUGGGAUCAAUAUGAAAAGUGGAUAUAUUAUGAACGUGUAUUCAUAUACUGGAUACAUCAAUGGUACGAGCACACAUAAUACAAUUGUAUUUUCAUUUAUUGUUAACAAUUUUAAUGGCGGGUCAGAAGAUAUUAGAAAUAAAAUGUGGACUGUUUUAAAUGCACUAAAAUAA